AAUGUGAGUAUUGGAUCAGAAGCCACAGAGGAUCAGGUGAAGAAAGCGUUGUGUCGGGUUUUUGCCGUGUCUUGGUCAGAGGAGUGCAGCAAAGCUUACAGUGUUUUACAUCUCAGGGAACUGUCCCUAGUCGCUGCGGCAUCAUCCACAAAGUUACACGACCUUCGUGACCUCAUCAACCAGAUGAUCAUGGAGGCCGUGCUGGUAAUACAAGAUAACACCCCCACACAAGAUGCACCGCCUCCGGCUGACCUAGAGAGCUCAUCAAAUAUCCUUGGUUGCUGGCGAGGAACAAGGUAUCACAGUUAUCGGGAGUUCAGUUCAAAGAUUACAGUGGUGCCCUCUACACAGCUGAGUAUUCUCAAGUACCUGAUGGAUUGCUACGAUCGUGUGGCAGUCGAGGAGAAGAAUGCACCAAAGAGGACUAGCAUACCUCCAUUGAGUGAUGCUCUUUCGGUAGCUAGAAGUCAGUGCGUCCAUUACACUUGCCUGGUGCUACAAGGAGCAUUCUCACAGCAAGCAGGGUCACAGAUAGGAUACUCAACGCUGAUACCAUUCCUUCUGUCCCGCAACCUUCCGCGGAGUUUCCUGUCUGAGCUUGUACAUACCACACAUGAAGACAGAGGGACAUUUAUGAAGAUAUUUAGUCCUGUUAUCCAGUACCUGUCCCGUUACACUGCCACCCUCGGCCUGAAUGCUGACACUUACCGUGAUCCUCUUACUGUCAUGACAGAACUCUGCAGCAUUAAAGCGUCCGGCAACACUCGCCCCAUUUGUAAUUUGAUGGUGGAACAGCCCAACUGGUUGCCUGCUCCUGUCAGUGAGGCUUGUGGUAUGGAAAUGGAAAAACUCACACUUCUGGGUCCGUUUCUUGGGCUGUCUGUUUUUGCAGAGGAUGAUGCAAAGGUUGUCGAUGAAUAUUUCUCAGCUCAUCACAUGUCACAAGACAAUGCCUGGACGAUUUGUAAAUCACUGAUGGGCAUCCUCGAGGAAGUUCGACAACACUGCUACCAUAUUCUCCAUAACCUGCUGGUGAAUGCCUUCACAAGGGAGCCCACUCUGACCUUUAUUGCCACAGUGUUGGAGAGAAAUAACAAACGGGCACAGAUUCAGUUUGACGAAAGGCUGCUGUGUGGGGAUGGUUUUAUGUUAAAUCUCAUGUCCGUCCUACAGAAGCUUUCAGAGAAGAUUGAUCUGCAUAAAAUUGAUAUUUACUAUCCAUUCCAUUAUGAGAAUCGAGUCAGUCUCGUGGGGAAAUCUAGAAUGAGGUUCACAGAGCAAGAAGUGGAGGAAUGGCAGAAAGAGAUCAGUCAAAAACCUAAAAGUGAGGUCAAAUUCUCAACGGAAUGCUUCUUUCUAACCCUCCACUGCCACCACCUGGCCAUUCUUCCUGUGACGAGGAAAUACCAGCGGCGCUUGAGAGCCAUUCGCGACCUUCACAAGCUGAUCUCUGACAUGGAGGCUGCUGAGCCUCAAUGGAAGAACUUGCCGUCAGCCGCCAGAAGUCGGGAACAGCUCAAGCGAUGGAAGUCUCAGUAUCAGAGACUUCAGAAGAGCAAAAUGUGUGCAGACGCUGGAGUUUUGGACAAGGAUAUGCUGGUCAGAUGUCUUUCAUUUUACAGCCGCACUGCCGACCUGUUGAUGCGGAUAGCUGACCCAGUCAAUAGAUGCUCUGUAGUGCCUCUCCCGACAGAAAUUCCAGACUACUAUUCUGCGCUACCGGAAUUUUACCUAGAGGAUAUGGCCGAUUUUAUUCUCUUUGUAAUGCCACUAGGAAUCGUGGAACCAGAGCACAAGCUGAUGCUGCGACUGCUGUUGGUGAUGCUGUGCUCCCAGAAUUACCUGCGCAAUCCCUACCUGACAGCCAAGCUGGUGGAGGUGUUGUUCGUCCUGCAGCCUAGUAUCCAGCCCAAGACCGAGCAGGUCAACCUGGAGCUGCUGAUGUCCGACGUGGCAGUCGACAACCUUGUACCCUCGUUGAUGAAAUUUUACACAGACGUUGAAACGACGGGUGCCAGCAAUGAGUUCUAUGACAAGUUUACUAUCAGAUAUCACAUUAGUAUCAUCUUCAAAACCAUGUGGACUAUGCCAUCCCAUCAGCUGAUGUACAUGAGAGAAGCUCAGUCCGGCCGACAGUUUGUCCGAUUUGUCAACAUGUUGAUGAAUGACACCACUUUUCUUCUCGACGAAAGCCUGGAUUGUCUCAAGCGUAUCCAUGAGAUUCAAGAGCUCAUGGACAAUGCAGCCAAGUGGAAUGCUCUCACCAAGGAGCAGCAGCAGUCGAAGACUUUACAGCUGUCCUCUGAUGAGCGCCAGUGCCGCAACUACCUGACCUUAGCCACCGAAACUGUUGAGAUGUUUCACUAUCUGACAACGAAAAUUGUUGAGCCGUUCUUAGUGCCUGAGUUGGUUGAUCGAUUAACAGCCAUGCUGAACUUCAAUCUGCACCAGCUGUGUGGGCCCAAGUGUAAGAGCCUGAAGGUGAAGACCCCAGAGAAGUACGGCUGGGAGCCCAAGAAGUUGCUGAAUGUGCUCACAGACAUCUACCUGCACCUGGACUGUGAAACGUUUGCUCAAGCCAUUGCUAAUGAUGAGAGAUCCUAUAGAAAGGAACUUUUUGACAAUGCCAUUGAGUAUCCUCUCAUGGACACACUUAUGAUGGACCCAGUCAUCUUGCCAAGCGGGCAGGUCAUGGAGCGAGCAAUCAUCACCAGGCAUCUCCUCAACUCUCAGACCGAUCCCUUUAACCGACAGCCUCUUCGAGAGGACCAACUGGUUCCUGCCACAGAUCUGAAGAGGAAGAUCGAUGAUUGGCUGGCAGAGAAGCGGAAGUAG